AUGGCUCAUAUGAUUUUAAAAAGUUUAUUGAUUAUCGCUGUUUUAUCAAUUAGCUAGCUAACUUUUGCUUCAAGCAUUCAUGCUUCUUGUGAGAAAUCAGAGAAACUAAGUUUUGGUCCUUCCUGGGAAGAAAGAAAUCAUUAUCUUCCUGAUUUUAUGAGAGUUUCAGGAGUAGCUUCUGGAUAUCUUGCUUCUGAAUAAGUCAUUAUUGAAUUUGACAUUGAAACUCUUAGUGAAUCUGCAGGAACCUCACUAAUAUAAAACAACCAAAGCAUAUCUAAAGCCAUCAAUGAAAUGAAAAAAGUAGGAGUUGAAGAGAGUGAACUUACCACACAAGAUAUGAGAAUUUAUCCUUCUUAUAGAUAAGAGUAUGAUGAAAAAACAAAGAGUAAUAAAUCUAUCUUUGAAGGAUAUAAGGUAGAGAAUAAGCUGAUAUUUUUAUCUAAAAAGCUCGAUUUAGCAGGAAAAGUGAUUGAUAUCGCUGUUAGUAAUGGAAUCAAUAAAAUAUCUUCAGUUCAAUUUGUGCCUACUUAAACAAAAAUAAAAGAAUUGAAGGACUCAUUAAUAUCAAAAGCAGUAGAAGAUGCAGUAAAAAGAGCUAAUCUCGCUCUAUAACCUUUAAAUUAUGAAAUAAAAUCUGUAAAGAGAAUAGAUAUUGAAAACGAUUCAUUUGGUAGAAAUUAACUAUAUAAAUCUAGAUCUUCAUUUUUACACUCAUCUUCUGAUGAUGGUGAUUUAGGAGAUGAAACUAGACUCUUUGAUAAUCUUAAAAAGUUCAGUAUUUCAGUAAACGUUUCUUUUAUAAUAGGAAAAAAAGAAUCAAUUUGA